CGCAGUACACAAAAGGCUGAAUAAUGUGUUUUUUUUUUGUUUUUUUUUUACCCUAGCACAAUGACUCGCUGAGGGAGGCAGCUAUCAUCUGUUUGACAUUUCUGGUUCAGCUAAUUGACCAUGGGACGACCACCAGAGCAGUGCUCUCUUUAAUCCCUAUCAGUUACCAUCUGUAUGUGCCAAGAAGCGGUAAUAGAAGAGUACACAGAAUUUUCCAACAUGUCACUAUUGUUCAAUUAUCUAUAAAAGAUCCAGGGCUCACAACUUCUUUUUAAACGAGUUCUCUGAUUUGCUAUUUUCUGUUAAACAAAAUGGAUGAGGGAGAGGAUCCCAAUUUGAAGGAAACACCUGACACUGGUGAAGAUCAAAUCAUUGGAAGUGGGGUUAGCAUUGGAAAGAGAAAGGGAGUGAAAAUCAAUGGAAAGCGCCUGCCGCCCACGGAGUGGGAGAGGGUGGAAUCCUCUCCACCAUCCAGCCAGUCUUACAUUCAUAGGUUGCAAGAUAACUCGCCAAUAGGAAUGGAUCCUCUGUGGAAAAUAUACAGCCACCCACAGGGAUGCGAGCAGCAAGGAAAAGAAAAUCAACAGGAAGCCACUAAUGAAAGCAAGGAAAGACCCAGAGCACCACAAGCACAAAGGGAGAUUUCAGAUCAGUGGAGCACAGACACGGGUACAAACAGAACCCCUGCUUCAGAUCCAGGAAAUUCAAAACAGACUUUAGCAGAACUGAAGAGUCUUUUAAGAGAAAGUGCACUGCUUAACACCAAAGGCAGAGAGAGCAACAAAACGGGGAGUGCAUAUACCUAUUUGCAUGUAACAAAGCCUGAUGACAAGGCAAAUGAGGGACCCAUUAGGUCUUUUACUACUUUCAAACCCCAUUCCGAGGUGCCCCAGGUGCAGAGGAUACAGAAGCCUAAGGAAGGAGUUAGUAACAUCCCCCAACUGAAACACAGCUCAGACCUAUCAAGUUCCUAUAAUCCUGAUGUUAGCAGUCCUAAACAAUCCAUCUUAAGACCACCAGGUGGCCAGGGAACUUGUGAUACAGGAUCAAAAUCCAGUCAGGCUGGGAGUAACAUUCAAACAGAUAAUGCAAAGGAUCCAAAUAUGAACACCUUUGGAAUGCAGAGUGAUGUACAACUAACUUCAGGCAUAGAUCACAUAAAACAACAGAUUGCAAGAGAAGACAUCAGUUUUGUCCGUUUUGAAGCAACAGAUUUGCAUGGGGUAUCAAGAUCCAAGACUGUUCCUUCUCGGUUUUUCCAGGAAAAGGCUAUAUAUGGUGUUACAAUGCCACGGAGCUACCUGGAAUUAACCCUGAGUCCUCAAGAUAAUGAAGUGGAUCAUGUCAGUGCUGCAAAUUUCAACAGCGAUGUUCUGCUCAUCCCGGAUCUUCUCACAUUCCGAGUCCUCCCAUGGGCUGAUAAAACGGCCCGAGUGAUUUGUGACUCUUACACAAUUACAGGAAGCCCUCUUCGUACGUCCCCCCGACACAUAGCAAAACAGCAGCUGAGUCAGCUCAGGGCUGUGGGUUUUUCCUUGCAUUCAUCUUUUACAUACGAGUGCUGCAUUUUUGGGGUUCCCGAGAAGGUCAAUUCAAAGACAUUAUUUUUCCCAGCUGCAACUUUACUGAGCAAUCAUGAUCUACCUUUCUUCCAGCAACUUAUUCAUGGAAUGUAUUACAUGGGAGCAGAUGUGGAUAGUUUCUCUUCCGCGAGUGGUCCUGGCCAAAUUGAGAUCUCCUUUAAACCAGAAUUUGGCAUCAUUUCUGCAGACAAUGCCUUUACUUUUAAAACCGGCAUAAAAGAGAUGGCCAAGAAGCAUGGGUUCUUUGCCAGUUUUUUCACAGAUGAUGGAUUUUACAACUCUGGAGUCCUGUCUCAUAGUCUCUGGGAUGUGAAUGGCAAGAAGAAUCUCUUGAAAACUGUGCCAAGUGAAUUAUCAGAGAUAGGAAAGAAGUGGCUAGCUGGACUUAUGCAUCAUUCUGCAGCUCUAAGUUGUCUGAUGGCCCCUGGAGUCAGCUGCCGCAAGCAUUUUACUACUGAACAUAUCGAUACAGAAAACAAAGAGGCCAAACAGCUUAUCUAUGCAACCUGGGGAUUCAACAACAAUAGCUGUGCCUUCAAUGUUAAAUGUCAUGGAGGAAAAGGCACAUACAUAGACAAUAAACUUGGCUCAGCUUCAGCCAAUCCCUAUCUUGCCCUUGCAGCUACGGUAGCUGCUGGCCUGGAUGGUAUCAGACGAAGCCUUACCAUUGAUGGUGGAACACUGAACCAAAAGCAGCUAAAGAACUUUGCUAUUCCCAUAAAGCUAGAAGAUGCUCUUGUUGCACUUGAGGAAGACCACAUUAUGAGAGAUGCUUUAGGAGAUCCCUUUGUCCAAUAUUUUAUUGCCAUGAAACGUUAUGAGAUAGAAACUAAAGAACUGGAUGCUGAAAGAAACAAAUGUCUUGAAUACUUCAUUUAGGCUUCCAUUAUAUUCCAUUUGUUAA